UGUGGUGGGGCUUGGCUGUAGACUCAACAUGGCCGACGGCAGCAAGUGGCUGCCUCCGCGACCCUGUGAGGCUUAUCGCGCUGAGUGGAAGCUCUGUCGCAGCGCCCAGCACUUCCUGCACCACUACUACGUCCACGGAGAGCUCCCGACCUGCGAGCAGUGGCUGCGCGACCUGACCAGUUGUCGCGACUGGGAGGAACACCAUAGCGCUGAGGCCCAGGCAUGGUGGAGCAUGUCCAUAAUCCCAUUCAUCUGGGAGGCCAAGGCAGGAGGAUCACAAGUUUAAGCGAUCCCUCUGUGAGAGUGAACGGGCACGUGUCCAGGCUGCACAGAAGAACACCCUGGUAUGGGCCCUGAGGCAGAGCCCCCCUGCUGACUGGCACCUUCCUCUGCUACAGGAGAAAGAUGAGUGACAAGCACCCCUCUCCUUGGCCUGUGCAGCUUCCUCCAAUCUGUUUCAAGUGGAGCUGUCACACAGCCUUAAGAACUGUGACCAGCCCAUGCCAUCUAGUGGGAUCCUCUUGAGUUGCCACUCAACCUGGUAUCUAGAACAGGACAUCUCUAGCCCUACCUACCUGCCUCUUGCCUGCAUUAGGAUAUCCCACCACUACAAUGCACUGAAAAGCCAAUUAUACUCCCUCCAUAGAUUAUAAGAAGCCAAGCCAGGCUGACUCAUGCCUGCCCCAGGAAUAAAUCUCUGAGGUGUAGGAUUUUCAGGCUAACUCCAUUGGGAACUCUGACAAGUGUGGAAAUUCUGACAAGUGUGGACACAUGGGUGAGUCAAAAUGAGGUAGCUAAACAUUUGUGCUUCUGUGAACAACUCUCCUUGUCCUUAGGAAGUAGGCUACUACAUCCUGGGUUUAUGACUAUGUAUUGCCAGCCUCUGACAUCCAAGCAUGCUCAGUUUCACUGCAGAUGCAGGUGGGGUGUGACAAGGAUUCGCUGGCUUCUCUGCACUAGGAAACUUCAUGGAAAGCUCCUAAGGAGGCCCUCGGAGAUUUUUAAGAAGUGCACACACCUACAGAACACAACCUUGCAAGGGUUCGUGGAAUCUUGGUGUCAAAAACCCAAGUCCAAAGGGCUGGGAUUUUUAUUUUAAGGCUGAUAAGUUGCUUUCAAAUAAUUUCUAUUGUAGUUUAGGAAAAAGACAAACAUUAAACAUCAAUAAAGGAGUCUUGUGUUGGGGAUGUCAAAUAUAUGCAUAUGAACCACCAAGAGCACUAAUUCUUUUAGAAGUCGAUUACUAAUAAGGUGGUUUAGCAUCUUGUGGCUGCAUAACAGGCUCCAGAUACAAUGCUGAGGACCAGUUUGGGUAUGUCCCUGGCACCCUCUUGUCCUUUCCUGGCUAUGGGCAGUGGGUUAAAUAUCUUUUACUUUGUUCUCUGAAACAAAGUAAGUGAUCAUUUCAGAAAGGCAUACAUUAAAGAAUAAAAUUUC